AGAGGAGCUGGAAGCAGAAGAUGCCACGCUGGUCGAUACAUGUACCAUGAGGAGCACAGGAGAUCUACGCUAAAGACAGAACAGAGAAAACACUUCACCUGGACACAUUUCACAGGUCACGUUGAGCCCAUGCGGUGGUCCAUGCUAGUCCUGCUGCUCCUGUCCUGCAGCCAGACGUUUGCCCGGCGCCCAGGAGACAUCUGCCCACAAAAUCCCCACCACGGUCAAGAUGUCACAGCCAACACUGUGCCCACCGUGGAUCCCAAACUCUUCAACAAGAGGCGAUACCGCUCACCACGCGUGCUCUUCAGCGAACACCCGCCCGACUCUGAACCCUCCCGGAGCAGGACCAAGAGGAAAGCAGGACCGCCUCAACAUCGCGGCGUUUACUCCGUCUGCGAGAGCAUCAGCCAUUGGGAGGGAAAUAAAACCAAAGCCACAGACAUCACAGGCAACGAGGUCACCGUUUUACCUGACGUAAUCAUCAACAACUCCAAGAAAAAGCAAUACUUUUUUGAGACCACCUGCAGCAGCGGGCGAACCGGAGGCUCUGGGUGUUUAGGGAUCGACGCCCGCCAUUGGAACUCAUAUUGCACCAAUUCGCAUACAUUUGUACGUGCGCUGACUUCAUUCAAGAACCUGGUGGCGUGGAGACUCAUAAGGAUCAAUGUAGCUUGCGUGUGUGUGCUGAGCAGAAAGUCUUGGAGAGCAUGACAAACUAGCAGAUUUUCCACACACCAGCGACGGCCUUAAUGAUAUCAAACUCGAGUCUAUUACAGUAUGUGAUGGUGGAUGUUUUCCAACCCUUCUUGACAACUAGUGACACAAAACAGACCUUCCAAGGAGGAUAAUUAUGAUGUGUUUGUGUCACAGGAUGCUACAGUGGAAUGAGUUGGGUUUUUCCACGUCUUUUUUUUAAGCUUUCGUCUUUUUAGAAUAAUUCUCAGCAGUACGAGAACAUGUACAUAUAUUGUUGUGUGUGGUAACUGUUAUUUAUUAAACCGCAGCAUUAUUGUUCAUUUACUGUGGGUCCUCAGUGUGCAUAUUAAGAGAUAAAAUAAAGGAACAUUUUGGAUUAAAUAAAAAGUUUAAUUUAAA